AUGGCGAACGCCGUGGACAUGGACCAUCUAUUGCUGGAGAUGCGACGGACAUUCAACGUAUCUGCAGCAUCUACAGCAUCUACAGCAUCUACAGCAUCUCCAGUAUCUACAGCGUCCACCUCGCUUGGAAUGUCUACAGCAUCGACGGGUUCGACAGCAUACACACCAUCGCCGACGUCCACGACAUCUACAACAUCUACACCCAACCUACCACCACCAUCUUUGUCCACCCAGCGAUCUCUACCUCCCUUCCACCCUAUACCCCUCUCGCAGACUCACACAACCGGUCAGCCUAUCCCAUCGCCUCCACUCCCUGACAUCAUACCACCCUCAAUCCCGCUGCCACCUCACCUCUGCCCUUCGUCCGCCAAACCCUGCUCCCUUCCUUCUGUGCUCCUCUCUCCCGACCUAAUACCCUUGAUCCUCAUCCCACUACUCCCCAACACAAAGAUGUUCCUCUCCCUACGCCUCGUAUGUCGAACAUGGGACGAAGUCAUUCGCUCCGCGCCAGGCUUGAGGACAGCCUUCUUCGCGUUACCAAUGUGGAAACGUCCGGCAGACGACUUCCUUCUGCUAGACCUCGGACUCGGAGCAGUCGGGAGGGGUCUGAGUAUCCGCAGAGGGAAGGAGGUGGAGAAGGGAUGUUGGAUCGAGGUCAGAAUGGGUAAAGCCGCGGCGGUCAAAGUCCUGGGCUCCACGGCCGGCAGGAGGUCUUCUACCGCGGGAAGAACGAGGCGAGUUGGCGACGUGGAGCCGAAGGAGGAGUGGACUGGGAGAGCGGUUGAGCAGGGACUGAGGUUAGAGGAUCUGUUUGUUACGCAACCGCCGAUUUUGGGGAUGCAGGCUUUUGUUGAGGAGGUCUCUCCUUCUGAAUUAACGAAUGAUGGAGGUGAGAGCAAGGAAGCUGUCGUCUCUACAGUCUCAAAUGAUGAGGACGAUCUUCGGGAGUCGCCAGCUCCAGUCGCGAAGCUCUCCUGCGACGCGGGCAUCACGCUUGGAUUUCUGGCGGAGACGACGCUUUCUUUGCUUUCGGGUGGCGAUGUUCAUCGACGGGUACGCUCGAGAGGAGAGUCCUCGAAGUCUGCAAUUGAGGUAGAGCAAGACGAUGAGCGGAGAGUGGUGUUCAAGGCGAUUGUGUCGUUUUGUGCGCCAAGGGUUGAGGUCAGGAAGAGAGGUGUUGUGAGGACGGUCACAAGCUUUGGCUGA